GUAAGCGCCGCUCCCCGGAAGGAGAAACAGAGCAACCGAACGACCAAAGACAGCGGGAGGGAGAAUGGCGGAGAUUGGAACGGAAGCACAACAAGCAGCAGAAACGGCGCCGGUAGUCGUGAGGAUCUUCGUCGGUGGGCUAGGGGAGCGGGUCUCCGACGAUGACCUGCAGCAGAUAUUCUCGUCAAGGGGAUUAGGGAAGGUUGAAACGGUUGAAAUCAUCCGAACCAAAGGCCGGAGCUUUGCCUAUAUCGACUUCUUCCCCUCGGCCGAUAACUCCAUCUCCAAGCUCUUCUCUACUUACAAUGGUUGUGCGUGGAAGGGCGGCAAGCUGCGGCUGGAGAAGGCCAAAGAGGAUUACCUUGCUCGCCUGAAGAAGGAAUGGGCUGAAGAUGCUGCUAAGCUUGAGACUCUAUCUUCUGACGAUGACAAGAAAGUGGAGCCUCCUCCACUGCCGACUAAGGAGGACUUACAUGAUGAGAAGAUGAGCUUUUUCUUUCCCAGAUUAGGAAAGGUGAAAGCAAUCCCACUCACUGGAAGUGGGAAGCACAAGUACAGUUUCAGGCGUGUGGAAGUUCCUCCUCUUCCUACAUAUUUCUGCGACUGCGAAGAGCAUGGUGGUAAUGCUGAGCCUGUCAAGAGGAAACAGAUUCUUGGUCUGAGUGAGCGAGAUGAUGGGUUGAAUGAGCAAGAAAUUAACUUGAUGAACUCGGUUAUGAAUAAGCUGCUUCAGAGAGAGGCUGUCCCAAAGCCUGCGGGAAGUGGUGGUAUGGAUAUCGAAAUAGCCGAGGAGAAAGGCGAGCAGAAGGAAGCAGCCGCGGAGGCAGAUGGUUCUGCUGGUGAAUUUGAUGACCAGCAAGUUGAUGAGGACAGUGCAGAAGACGAGGAUAACAUCAUAAUCAACAUUGUGGGCAAAAAAGGGAAACCUCUAUUGGGUAGUCAGGAAGCAAAACUUGACUGGAGACAGGAUUCAAAUGUUUCUCACUCUGGCAACGAGCUCAAACAGCAUGGAAGCGAUUCCGCAUAUCCUAAAAAGGAGACGAAAUCAUCAUUCCUUAAUGGAGAUAGCCAUUUGAGUGAAUCCUCGUCUAGGAGUCGCUUGAAAGAGUUGGACAUCUCCUUAGGAGCUCCAAGUACUGAAAAAGGAAAAGGUGUCAAACACUCAACUCCAAGUGUUUCAGGAAAGAGGAAGUCAUCAUGGAAAGAACUUGUAGGCCAGGGGAGCAGUAGCACAUUUAGUAUUUCUGAAGUAUUGACAACUGUAGGUUCCAGCAAGAAGAAAGCCAGAAAAUCAGACAAUUUGUCCAAGUUUAGUGCAGUUGAGAAGAACCCUUUGGGCGACGAAAAGAGCGAAGAAUCGGAUGAAGCAGAACAUGCAGGUAAUGGAAGUAGUAAACAAUUUAGUAUCUCUGAAGUUUUGGCAGGUGCAGAUUCCAGCAAUAAGGAGAUGUUGUUGAGAGAUGAACAGAGUGAAGGGAAAUUAAGUGAAACAGAACUUACGGACAAUGAUGGCUCUGGUUCAUUCAAUGUAUCGGAAGUACAGACAAGUACUGAGUUCAAUGAGGAAGAAAAAUCUGAUGAUAUGACUGAAAACAGUCCUGGAAGUAAUAAAGAACUGACAAGCGAUGAAAAGAGCCAAUUGAGUGAGAAAGAAAUUGUAAAAAGUCCGGCAGAUGUUAAGGAUACCAAACAAACCUCCACUUCAGAUAAGUCGGGCAGGGGUUCAGCAUGGCUUCAUAAGUCCUCAUGGACACAGUUGGUCAGUGGGAGUAAUGGCAGUUUAUUUAGAAUCUCUGAAAUCUUGCCUGGUGGGUCUACUGGUAAACAAACACCAUCUGUCGCCGAUGCUGUGAAACCUGCUAGCUCCACAGGUGAUCAACAUGAUGACAAACUGGACCUUGUUGAAAUCAGUGAACCUGUGAAGGAUUUGGUCGGCAGUAUAGAGAGAGAUGUAGAAGGGUCCGAUGAAGCUAGUCAGCAGAAUGUUGCAAACAAGAAUGAAGGGUCUAGUUCAACUGCUGAAAAGGAGCCGACUUUAGCAGCAACGAAGCUAGUGAUUGGGGAAACUUGCUCAUUUAUGAGAAGUGCUGCAUCUUUAAAAGAGUGGCAAAAGGCGAAAGCAGCUCUCAAGGGAUCUGGCAAAAGAAAGAGGCAGUAAAAAGUCUGAUCUAAUGCAUGUGUCUUUGCCCUUAAUUUUGGUAGCAUACAGUUGUUAUAUUUCAACUUUUGGAAUUGUUUUACUACUGGCAAUCUGUAUUGCUGUGUGCUUGGUGUAAUAUUGUUGUUCCAUUCUGUCUUCCUAUGUGAGAAUGUAAUGACCAAAUUAAGCAACAAUCCUCAUUUCUGGAUGAAGUGGUCUCUCUCCCUAUGGUCUUUAACUUUGGCAAUUCAUGAAUGACC